CUGUGCUUUCACACAGGCAAGAAGCAGGCAGGGCUGGCUGACUGCAUUUGAACUUUUCCAGGAAUGAAAAAUGGCCCUAAUUUUGCAAUCUUGUUUUAAAAAGUUACGCGGUUUAAUUUCCAGGGCAGACCUUUGUUACAAUGCUGAAAAGCACUAUAAUUGCCCCACCUGUUGUUUUCCUUAUUGCUCACUGAAGGUCUCUACUCACGUCCUGCUCGCACGCGGAAGCUGCUGGGAACAUGGCUGGUGAUUCAGCUUUGCUUGCGGCUGUCUCUCUUCUUUCUGCCUUCCAGCAAUGUCAUUUUGCUUGGCUGGUGGGGAAAUCAAGAAUGAAGCACAAGGUCAUGCCCCCCGCUGUCACUGGGGCUCCAGAGUUUGACAGAACAUUUCGUGCACAACAAAACUGUGUGGAGUUUUACCCAAUAUUCCUGACUGUCCUCUGGACUGCAGGAUGGUUUUUUAAUCAAGAAUUAGCUUCCUUUCUGGGUGUGUUGUACGUGUUUGCCCGCUACAAGUACUUCCACGGUUACGUACAGUCUGUGAAAGGAAGUCUCCGCCAAUCCUUCAUCCUCUUUGGAAGAGCUGUUGAUCAAGAGAAGGGAGAGGCUGUGUUUCCCAGAGCAAAUAUAUGGAGAUAAUUUUAUAUCUCCCAGGCAGAGAUGCAGUAAUUCAAAUGACGCAACGAACACCAGCCAGAAGACUAGCAGCUACUAAGGAAGUUUGGGGGGCAAGCCUGUGUCAAUAAAUAGAGAAGCACAGCAUAAAAGGCUUUUCCUUAAUCAACAAACUAAAAAGACCUUCGUUCAAGAAAUCUUUCCCAUGCUUUACUUCAGUACUCUUAGACUGAAUAGGUUCAGCCUCUCUGGGAAGUCUAACAACAGGGGCUGGCCUCGCUGUUAGAGCUUUACGCUCUGGCGAGACUCUGAUUUCCUUGCAUCAAGCAGAGGGUGCCGAGAGCCAGCCUGGCAGCCCUGCAGAAGGGCUUUGCUGGAGUGCCUGCCGGGUGCUAACCUCCAGCAGGCGCUUCAGCUAGCAACAGGUCAGCACAAGUCAAGCGUGCGGAACCCGGCCCCUAAACACAGCGCGAGCCUCCAGCAGCCCUGCUGGCAAGAGUCGCGCUGAUUCCCAGCUGUAAUCACUGACCACAGCCCUGCUAGUUACAAAGACAAACCCGGUCCCUGUGCGCAAAGAGCUGGUUACCACACACACUCGUGCGCUUGCCUACAGGAAUUGCAGUUCGGGUUUGCCACGGCAGGGGUUCUUAAGAGCGCAACAGGAACAUGCACCUUCUACUUGGUUUCUGUGCUGGAGAGGCCUUUGCAAGUGAGCUGUAUCCUUUGCUUUUCCCUCCAGCUGGCUCUAACAGAUACUUAAAGGGCUAAGCUAAAGACUUUCUUCAUGCUUUCCCGAAACCGGGAAAAUCUUGUACUUCACCAUUUUCAAACCUGUGUCUAGAUGUGGCACGCCCAGAAAGGCUGCUUACAUCUCUAGGCUCCAGUGAGAUUCUCAGGCUCCCCAUACUCCCAGGGUGCCUGAGCACCCAACCUUUCAACCCUCACGGGGACGGGGAUGGCUAGCUAUAAAUCAAAGGCUGACAAGCUCCUCGGAUCUAUCUCCAGUGCUAACACGGUGGGAUUCCCCAAAGAGACCUUCCAUCGCUUGCUUUGCGGGCAGAGUCCAGCCCAGCAGCAACUCCCAGAAUAUGCCUGUCGGACCAGAGCCUGCACCUGAGAGCAGCCCCAGGAGCGUGCGGGGAGGGGAAGCGCCCCGCUCACCUGUGCCUGCACAGCACGCUCCGUGUGUCAGAGCGGCAGCGCUCUCCCAGCCUCUCUUGUGGGAGCUUUCAGUUUUGUACAAAUGAAAUCACCCGAUCCUCUCCCAUCCUCAGCAAGUACCCUAAUGGCUGGGUUUUUAGGGUCGACACUCCAGUCCAAAAAUCCAUCUCCAAGCCAAAGCGAUAACCCGUAGCAGACCUAGCAGACCUCCCAGCUCAGUGGGGAGUACCUGACCAGCAGAUGCGGAUGUAAGACACACGCACACCUCUCCCCCCGUCCCUAACUAAGGCUUCUCUCCCCCACUCCUACACCUAGAGUGGCAGUGAGGCGCUCAAGCUUGUCUGCAGCUUUACCUGCAGGUCUUCAUAUCGUGGGAUGAAGUAGCUUCAUCCUGGAGCAAGUUCCUAACUUCCACAUGAAGAUCUGAAAACACUGGGGGAGAGUUUUCCCAUAGACUGGAUGUUUGGAGUAUCUCUCCUCCCUAGCAAAAGUCACACGCAGGGAUGGUUUAUUACCAAAACAGCCCAAGGUAGCAUCACAGCAACGAUCCUUUCUGAUUCUACACACCUCUUCUUAACUGGCGUGGACCAGCAGUUUCACUGUAAACACACCAUGUACAGCUUGUAACAGUAUUUUUCUGCUUUCCAC